ACCUACAAUAAUGAAGCUUUCUGCUUUGUAUGUUUGUCACUUUUUAUGAGCCGAAGAAUUGCUGAGUGUUACAAUCAUUGUAUGUUACUUCAUAUUUUUCUAAAAGGAAAUGAAAUGGUUUGAUCACAUUCUACAUGUUUAUAAAGUAACAGUAAAAGGAACAUCAAGAAAUUAAAAUCAUCUGAGUUCAACCACGGACCUUUGAUAUUUAUGAUUGUUCAAUUCAAAUUUAUGUUCGGUUGUUUUUUUUUCUUUUUCUAGACAUGGAGGUGGUAUGGGCCUUACGGCCCAACUAAUAUCAAUAGGUCAGGGACAAGAGCCAUUUGUUUAAUCUCGCUCCCCAGGUUAUCAAGCAUACUCCAACCGGAGAUUUCUGGCACUCUCGUCCUGGGUAAAUAUAGUUCUAUUUUGAUUUUUUCUUUCUUCCUUUUAUCAAAUAGAAAAAAAAAGAAUAUUGUUCAGUUUUGGUUUGAUGUGGUUUGCUUUAUAUCAGGAUUCACAUGUUUAGCAAAAUUUAAUUUAUUCAACCAUGUUUAGAAUUGGUGAAGGUAGAGUCUGAAGACUCUGAACUAUUGGAAUAGUCUGCUUUUUUUUUUGUUCAUUUGGAGGAAUUUCAUAAAUGUAAAAGAUAUAUCAACACCUUUACAAUCACACCGAUGCGCCACAAAUACUAAGAGGGAUAGACUCGAACACAGUGCACGAGUACACUCGCCUUAUGUUGUCCACGUUGAUCUGGAGCUUCCUGUUUCACUUUGUCUUAAGUUUUAAGUUUCUUUUGUUGUAAAAUAUAUACAUAUAUAUUCGGACAUUUUCAAUAACUUAAAAUGGUGGGGCUUGUGACUACUACACAUUGCAUAAGGCCAGUGUUUCUCAUGUGUUUUUUUUUUAAGGCUGAGCUACGCUUGGCUGGAUGUAUCCUUUCGUUUAUGUUUUGAAAGAAAAAGUUAGUAGUUGGGACAAUAACAUAUUGAAUUUGCCACAUGAUGCCUUUAAAUUUUUAUCUAAGAAUUUUUGGAAUAUACCUGGGAGACGAAGAAUAUCAACAAACCAAUUAUGAGUCACUCAAAGCCAUUUUUAUACCAAAUUAAGAAAAAAGAUGUGAUCAAUUGUGUGUAUAAAUAAGGUCACAAUAGCCCUCUACCUAUUCACAAAUCAACACGAUUACUUAUUCUUACUUAACUCUAGAAUCAUGACAAAUCACUCGAAACAAAUAUUCAAAACCCUAUUGUCUUUCUUCUUAUUUGUUUUACUCCUUUCUGAUACUGUCUCAUCGGUCCGGAAAUCAAUCAACCUGAAAAAACCAUGCAAAAGUUUCCUCUUCCAUCUCCAUAACGUUGCGUACGAUAGUGAUAACACGGCUAAUGCCACAUCAGCAACAAUCAUAAACCCUUUAGGACUAGGGAACUUCAAUUUUGGAAAAUAUGUAAUCUUUGACAACCCUGUGACAAUGGAUGAGAACUACCUCUCCGAACCAGUGGCUCGUGCACAAGGCUUCUUCUUCUACAACAAGAAGACGACUUACAACGUAUGGAUGGCUUGCACAUUGGUUUUCAACUCGACGCAACACAAAGGGACAAUGACCAUAAUGGAUGCGAAUCCGAUGAUGGAGCCUACCAGGGACCUAGCGAUCGUUGGUGGCACUGGUGAUUUCAUCAUGGCUCGUGGGAUUGUUACGCUCACGACUGAUCUCAUUCAAGAGAGCAAGUAUUUCCGUCUCAAAUUGGAUAUUAAACUCUACGAGUGCUACUAAUAUGUAUAUGUUCCUUUUCUUCUUUUGGAUUUGAUGUGUGUGUGUGGACAUUUUAACAUUGCAUUCAACGUGAUGUUUCUUCAAGUUUUUAAUGCUAUUGUAAUUCGCUUGUAACGAGUUUUAUGAUGAAAUAUAUUUUUUGUUUUGCUUACCAAAUAUAAAGCCGUGAAAAACACACAUACCCACUUUUAAAGUAUUUUAUGUCGUAAAAACAAUAGCUAAUUUUUUUUUGCUAAGAAUAUUAGUAUCAUAAAAAUGAUGUUCAGACAGUCUAUAGAUACUCUACCAAGCAGGCCCGUCCCUGCCAUAAGGCAGGUGAAGCAUUUGUUUCAGGCCACAUUUCAUGUAAUUUUAUUCACAACAAAUUCUUGUUUUGGAAAGACGCUCCUCACAAACAUGUCGUACUUUAAUUGUGUUACACUCAACUUUCCAUGUGUUUCGAUGUUCUAUCCAGACAGUGAUCAACCUUAGAAUCAGAAUGUCGCGCAUCUUGCUCCAAGAGGAGUGUCCUUCUCAGUUUAACCAAUGAACUUAGACCCUAAUGAGAGAGCUUACACAGAUUUUACCCCAGAUGAUUUUCUGGAAAGAAGUUUUUAGGUUAUUUAUGAACUUUAGCACGCAAACCCAAGCUGUACAGCAUCGUCUUAUCUGAGAUUAAGAAGUCAGAGAUCACAAAUUACAAAAAAUUUCCGAAGGCCCAAAAAGCUAGUGAAACCUAGUGGUUUGGUAAAAAUAUCAGCUAAUUGUUUCUUGGAUGCUACAUGUUCAAUAACAACAAAUUGUCCUCAACCAAAUCUCUAAAAAUGUGAUGUCUAAUGUCCACAUGUUUUGUUCGAGAAUGUUGCACAUGAUUCUUUUACAAGUUAAUAACAUUCAUAUUGUCAUAGUGAACUAAAAUAGGUGUCAUACCAUACUCAACCAACAUUUGUUUCAUCCAUAGUAAUUGUGUGUAAUAGCUAUCUAGAGCUAUGUAUUCAUCUUCAGCAGUCGACAAUGAUACAAAUUUUAAUUCUUACUAUACCACAACACCAUGUUGUUUCCAAAAAAAAAAGAAACAUCCACAGACGUACUCCUACGAUCAUCCAAACACCCUACCCAAUAUGCAUCACUGAAUCCUGUAAUAUUUUCGUUAGUUUUUAAACUGUGAUGUAAAUCGAAAUCAAGAGUCCCUUUCACAUAUUUGAUGAUUUGCUUGAAUGCUUCCAAAGAGAAUUCUCGUGGACUAUCCUUGAUAACGAGCACAGGUCCUACACU